AUGAGGCCCCGUAUUCCUAGUCGCCGCCUCUCGACUCGCCAUCGCAAUUUCUGCGCGAGACAAUUCGGCGGCCAACCCGCAAUCCCUAGGAAUCUUAGCCUUGCGCUGACUACGAAGGCUCCGAAGCGGACCGUCAUAGAGGUAUUAAGCCGGCAUCUUACAGAUUCGCCUAGGGAACUCAUUGGUGCCUCUGGCGCAAACGGUUCGGACUACGCGGCGGCCAUCUUUGCUUCCCGAGACGUCGCAACCUGGUUGCAAGAUGAGACUUUUAUCUCCACCCUCUUGGGAACCCUCUUCGAAGCAAAUGCGGGCGGACAGAUCGGGUCGCGUAACAUAAAUGUUAUAUCUGCAGCCGUCGAUGGCCUCACGCCAAACCGUCUAUUUGGUAGUCCCCGAACGGGGUUCUCGAUCAUAUAUGGCUCAACCAGUAUCCUUCCAGGUCUCUGGGAUGCCGGCGACUCCGUAUCGAACCGCCACCUGGAUAGGGAGUCAUCCGUGUCAUUCUUGUCUGCUCCCCUGGUCGGAGACACCAGGCCGCUUGAAGUCACGUUGCCGCUAGCAAACACGAUCUUUCAAAACGGAAGGCAGUCUACCUUGUUUGCAAGCAAAUGGCAAUCCGACCAGAGCGGGUAUAAGAUGCUCGGUACUACAGAGAAGCAGACGCAAGUGAUACGUCCUCAUGCCAGUCCGGCGGACCACGCGCGGGCGUUCAUCCCGCUCAUACCGCUAACCCCUCCGAGGAAGAUCGUCGCGGGCCUAGGUAAUAUUGUUCGACAAGUCGAGGUCAACGGCUCGGCGACGCCCGCAUCCAAGGAGUUGGAGGGUAUCAUACCCAAAGUCUUUGAUACGAGAUCCCAACGAGAUGGGUCGUACACCCCGGGACCUAUCGGCGUGUGGUGUUGGGUUCUACCGCCACAUGUCGCAGAGGAGCAAAAGCAAAAUCUUCUGAAUCUCGGGGUUUUCCAGGGCGAUCCGUCUCAAUCAGAAGCCGACCUCUCUUCCAAAGCCAUGGGUGUCUUCUCUGAGUUAAUAUCCUCUGGGUGCCGACUACAUAAGAUUCUGAGCGGAGGCGGCGGCUGGGGAACAAAACAGGGGUUACUCUCUCUCAGUCCCGAGACGACGUACUCUCCGUUAGAGGAAGAAGACAUAGAGACGUUCAUCAGGGCCUUUCAAGAGCGUAACAACCCAGAUUCAUCUGAGGGCCUCGCGGCCCCGGGCUCGCAUCUGGUGUUUUGUAUCGAGCCGCACUGCACAGAGGCGGAGGUUGGGUCUGGCCCAUGGAUCGCGCCCACAGCGGCCGUCGGAGUCGCUCCGAGCGACGAUGACGGACCGGGUCUCGCAGGUCUGUCGGACGGGGUCGAAGUUAUCGACGGCCACUUCGGCGUGGCGUCAAAAGCAGGGUUGUUUCUGAAAGCUACGACGUUACCGCGCCUGGCGAGCAGCAGCGGCGAGGGUGAACCCGCCACGCCACGUCGCCCGUUCACCACCAAGGUUGAUGUCCCGCGGGCUUCCCUUCUGUUGUGA